ACGUGUAAACAAACCAUAAUCCUCUCUGUGUGACAUGAUGAUAAAACGAUUUAGUUAAUCAUUUUAGUUGAUUUAGUAGUUUACCUUUUUUAUUUGCUAACUCUUCUUUUGCUAGCUGUGUUAUUUAGUAAAAUUGUCUCAUCAAUGAAACAUAAUGAAUCAUGUUUCAAAAGAAGGCUUACGUCGACAUAAAUCUACAUUUGACAAAAAAUCUGACCCUAGGUUGAUAAAUGCAGAGAAGGGUGAUUCCGAUCACAAAUCGAUGUCCUUCAAUACAUCUUUAUCCGGUGAUUAUGGGUCUAUUUUCAUUCUCCUUGUACUCUACAUCCUACAAGGAAUACCAUUAGGUCUUGCUGGAAGUAUUCCGCUUCUUUUACAGAAUUACAAAGUCUCAUAUUCUCAGCAAGCUAUUUUUAGUCUAUGUACAUGGCCUUUCAGUUUGAAACUAUUAUGGGCUCCAUUGGUUGAUUCUAUGUAUAACAAGCGAUUUGGUCGACGAAAAUCAUGGCUCAUACCAACCCAGUAUCUUAUUGGAUUAACUCUUUUUUUACUUUCAUAUAAAAUUGAUGAUCUACUUGGUCCUCUGCCAAAAGAUCAAACUGGUCAAUCAACGCCAGAAUCGACCAUCAUUCCAGGAUCUCCUCAUGUAUAUAUUCUUGCAUGUGUAUUCUUUUUCCUCAAUUUCCUUUGUGCAACGCAAGACAUUGCUGUUGAUGGAUGGGCUUUAACCAUGUUAUCUAAGAGAAAUGUUGUCUAUGGAUCAACAUGUAAUACUGUUGGUCAAACAAUCGGUUUCUCUCUUGGCUACCUCGUUUUUCUUGGUCUAGAAUCUCCUGAAGUAUGUAACAAAUAUUUGCGAAGUAUUCCAUCGGACACUGGGAUGAUAACUCUCUCAGGUUUUCUAUAUUUUUGGUCUAUUAUUUUCCUUAUAACUACUAGCUUGGUAUGGUUAUUUAAGAGCGAAAAAAUGGAAAAAAGCAAGCAAGCUACAGAGGAAACUGUCUUAGGAACUUAUCUCAUGCUUCUUAAAAUUCUAAAACUUAAAAGUAUUCGAUCUUUUGCUAUCAUUUUGUUGACCUGCAAACUUGCCUUUGCUAUCACUGACUCCGGAACCCCAUUAAAGCUUACUGAAGCUGGUAUAUCUAAAGAAACUUUAGCCUUUCUCAGUGUUCCAUUGAUACCCUUGCAGAUAAUUUUACCUUGGUAUCUGAGUAAAUACACAAAAGGUCCAAAACCUUUAAAAAUAUUCAUCAAGUCAUACCCCUACAGACUAAUUUGUGGUAUUAUUAGCGCACUUUUAUUGUAUUGGACCAAACAAGUUCAUGAUCCAGUUACUAAAUCAUUUCCUAGUUAUUAUUAUGUUAUAGUUCUUGUUGCUUCUGGUCUUCAUCAAGUCACCAUUUACUGUUGUUAUGUAGCGCUUUUAUCUUUCCACUCUCGAAUCAGUGAUCCUUCUAUCGGUGGAACAUAUAUGACACUUUUGAAUACAAUCACCAACUUGGGAGGUAAUUGGCCCUCAUUCAUCAGUUUAUGGCUACUCGACUAUUCAACUAUUAAAAGUUGCUCUGUUGAUGGAUUUUCCUGCAACGGUAAAGACGCAGCAUCAUCUUGUGCAGCAGCCGGAGGACAAUGUGUCACCAUUGUCGAUGGAUAUUACAUCGAAGUCAUUAUACUAACUCUAAUUGGUUUCGUUUGGCUAAAAUGGGCAAGAAAAAGAAUAGAGAGAAUCGAAUCAUUACCAGCAUAUAAUUGGAGGUGUACAUAGAGUUUAAUAAAAUUAGCUAGAAAGGAAUAAAUAAAUGAAUAAAUUAAAUCUAAUCACAUUUAAUUGGAUAUUUGAAAAUAAAUAUGUUAUAAUUAUCCCAACCAUUGAGAAUGGACUAUCAAGCACAACGAUAAUUCGAGUCAAUUUCACAAAAUACGAAAUUUAAUCUGAACAUAUAUUUAUUUGACUGAAACGAAAUCAAUUUCUAAUUAUUUCAAAUUUAUAAAUUUCAUUACUAUAUCAAUCGAUGUAAUCUUAGUCCAUUUAUAAUACCAAAACUAAACUGUCCACCGAGUGCAAACAAAAAACUUUUCAUUAAAUUAUCACAAAAAUAAA